AUGUCCAAGUCUCUUUGCUGUUUAGCGUUUGACACCCUCUAUUCCAAAUUGCUUCCGGAUGCCCCUUCUCACACUUUAGCAGCCUACAAUAAGCUUACAAAUAAUACCUACAAUUAUCCUCAGGAGGCGCCUCUCUUCAUCACUUGGGAUAAAGAUGAACAGCUCAGAGGAUGCAUUGGAACCUUUCUGGGUUUGCCAAUUGAAUCAGGUGUUAAGAAGUUUGCGUUAACCGCAGCAUUUGAUGACCACAGGUUCCCGCAAAUUAGUUCGAGUGAAUUGCCUAGGCUAGACGUUUCUGUCACAUUGUUAGAUAACUUUGAAGAGAUAUCCUCUUACGAGGAUUGGACUGUGGGGGAGCAUGGAUUGAAGGUGUACAUAAAAUUAGGAGGUCAACAUUUUUCUGGUACAUUUCUACCUUCUGUUGCAGAGGAACAGGGCUGGGAUAAAAAGACCACUUUAUGGUACUUACUUAAAAAGGCAGAUUAUGACGCAGUACUGAAACUGCAGACAACUGCCUUCUAUGAGAAGGGUCUUAAAGAAGGUUGGUUAGAAUUGGUUAGAUACAGCGGGAAAAAGGAUUCAAUGGGCUACAAUGAGUAUGAGGAAAUAAGGAAAUUAAUUUGA